AUGAGGGAUGUUACUCUUGAACAAAACAACCGCGGUGCGACUCAUCUCGCUAGGUCUGCUGAGCCCUGGGACUUGGAGUCUCGAUUUUCAUCGUGGCCAAAAUUGUUAAGAGUUACCGCUUACAUCAUCCGGUACGUGUCUCGACUUCGCAACCGCGCUAAUCGGAACGCCCUUCGUGUUGAGAGUCCAUCGUCCCUCUCCGCGGACGAAUGUCAAACGGCGAGACUCUUCUGGCUCAAGCGCAUUCAGGACGCGACAUUUCCACUUGAAAAGAAAGCAUUAUUGCGUGACCAACCUAUCUCAUCAAAAAGCACUCUUCUAUCUCUUCAUCCGUUCCUCGACGAGGAUCAGAUAAUUCGUGUUGGCGGGCGGCUAUCCCUAGCUCCGAUCCCGCUUCCAACUAAACAUCCCGUCAUCCUCACCUCCCAUCCGUUAGUCAGGUUGAUUGCUCACCAUGCUCACCUCCGUGCUCUUCAUGCCGGCAUUCAACUUACGCUUGCUAUCCUGCGUCAAGAAUUCUGGAUAUUGCGCGCCAGAAAUUUAGUAAAAUCCGUCAUUCACCAGUGUAUCGUGUGCACGCGCGAAAGGGCCGCCAUCCCUCAUCAAUUGAUGGGCAGUUUGCCUCAAAUGCGAGUCACUCCUCCGGCGCAUGCCUUUUCGCACUGUGGGCUCGAUUACGCCGGUCCGGUGCUCGUUCGAGCCGCGUCUGGUCGUGGGAUUGCCUCUCGCAAAGCGUAUAUUGCCAUCUUUAUAUGUAUGGCUGUUCGCGCCAUUCACCUGGAGCUAGUCGAGGGUUAUUCCACUUUCGCGUUCCUGGGUGCAUACUCUCGAUUUUGCGCCCGCCGAGGAUUACCCCAAUCAAUUUACUCGGACAAUGGGACCACUUUCGUUGGUGCGGAUCGCGAGUUGUCUAAAGCCUUCCAUGCCGCUGUUCGUGACCCUGACUUUCAAAACCGGACAUCAUCCGACAAGGUCUCAUGGCACUUCUUACCUCCUUCCGCUCCGCACUUCGGGGGAUUGUGGGAAGCGGGAGUACGCAGCGUCAAACACCAUCUUCGCCGCGUGGUAGGCUCUCACACUCUCACAUUUGAAGAAUUUACCACCCUUUUGUGCAACAUCGAAGCCUGCCUUAACUCCCGACCACUUGCCCCUCUCACCGACUUUUUAGAUGAUUACGAGCCUCUUACUCCAGGCCACUUUUGA